AUUCGAAUGAUUCUCUCUCGCUCACAGAGGCAGCACGUGUAAACAUUUGUUCAUUUGUUGAUAUAGUUGAUUUCUUAAAUAUUACGAGGAUAAUUUAUUAAAUUAAUAAUUUUACAAUGAAAAUUCGUAGAAAUCAUCGUCAAAAACGUUAUCGUUACAAUGUGAAUAGGAAAACAUUGAAUAAAACCAGAUCUUCGACGGGUAAAAUCAAAGAUCCUGCCUUUAAAAAGCUGUGGGAAGACUCCAAAAGACCCGGUACCAAUUUCAGUGAAAUGGGCCUAUGCGUUGAUCCCAAUAAAUCUGUACCUAUACCAAAUUUCAAAAAAGAUCGUUUGAAAAUAACUAAAAUUGUCAAUGGGUUUGAAGAAGAGGAACUUACCGAGGAAGAUGUCAAACCCGUGCCCAAGCGGGGACAUGUUGUCAAUGAAAUGGAGGAGAUGGCCAAACAGAAAGCCGAUUCGAAGUUUAGAUUACCCAAGGGUGUUGUUAGCCACAUUUCGUAUUUCAUGGACAAAUACAAAUUCAAUUACAAAGCCAUGGUUACGGAUCGUCGCAAUCAUGAUCAAUGGACCUGGAAACAAUUUCGCAUGAAAAUCAAACAAUUUAUGAAUGUUAAAGAACAAUUCAAUGCCUAUUUGGAAAAAAGAAAUUUACCCUUGGAUAAAGAAUUAGAUUGGGAAGAAUAUAAUUCUGAUAGUGAGUGGCAGUAGAUCUAAUUGGCAUUGUUAGCGUGUAAGUUUGUUUAUUAUUUAGUUUAGAAUAAUAAAUUCCAAAAAAUAAUUGUAUGCAGAA